GCCGCUUUCUUAGACACCGAGUCCGUCCGCCCACUUCUAAUACUCCCUUUCUCCGCCCCUUCUUUCACUCGGACGACCUUUGUUAGUACUCCCACCUAGGACGGCCUCUCCCACUUCCCAGCCAGGAAGUCCAGUUUCGUUUGGGAAACCAAAGUCCGCAGCCGCGCAAUAUACUCCCGGCGCAGCCAACGUGCACAGUAAUACACACUACGUGGCCCCGACCCCCAUCGGGCCAUCGCCCCAACUUCUCGUGCCUCAGGCUGUUUUCCUCCUAAACACCCCGGCACCCACGGGCAAUCUGAGACUGUGAACCCUCGAGAUUUCCAGAAAAAGCGAAGCUUUCUUGGCAAGGCUCCCUCUUCGCUCUUGGCAUAUGCAACCAAGAAACCCGCUGCCAGCAUCUCUCCGAUCCCAGCCUGGCAUUCCAUCAUCAAAUCAAUUCCCCUCCCAGUCCUACCGAAAGCACAGCACGCACAGGUCCCUUGACCGUCCUGACACACCGAGACCUCGUGGAGUCGGUCUCCAGCCGCCCGAGCAGCCGUUUCUACUACCACCUAGACGAACAAGACACCUUGAGCCGCGUCUUGCUGCCUACGUGACGGCGUUUCCUCCCCGCCAAAGCUGCAAGCCACCAGUCAGGCCUUGCUUUGCGAAUCCCCUCGUUGUAUGUCGGCAUCGAGGGCGCCAUCUUCGCCUUCCUCGUCGUCGUCGCCCCUGCUGUGCCCCUUUCGCCCCAUCACUCGCCAUCGCCCGCCGCACCAACAUCUGCUCCACGUCCACCGUUGCCGACAACAUCACCCUCAAUCAUCACCGACCCGACCCCGAACCCAAUUCCGACCGAUCCACGACACAGCCAAAGGCCCGGCCCGCAAGUCGUUGCAUACAUGGGCGCAUACUCGCACUCCAACGGCUCCGUCGAAGAAACAACCUCGUCCACUCGUUCGUUUUUCUCUCGCCUAGCCCUGCCCGGCCGAUCGCGUUCGCGUAACCUAGCCGACUUCCACGUCCGCCCCGACGACCCCCACCGCCAGUACUCGGCCGGCGACCAUGUCCAUGGCGCCGUAGUCCUGACUGUAGUCAAGCCUGUCCGCAUUACUCACCUCACGGUCGCCCUGCAUGGCUACGUUCGCGUGCACAAGGGGCCAGCCGUCAGCGAGCCCCCCGUCGCGAAGCCUGCCCUGUCCGGUCGGACGUCGGCACAGUAUCACGGCAAUGGCUACGCCUCACUCUUUCAAGAUGAGCAGGUGCUCAGCGGUGAGGGGAGGUUGGAGGCCGGGAAAUAUGAAUUCAACUUCGAUUUAGUCUUCCCUGAAAAGGGCCUGCCUAGUAGUAUUGAUUUUGAACGAGGCACGAUUUCCUACAUGAUCACAGCGACUCUCACGCGCCCGACCUCGAUAUCGCCCACGUCAUCUUGCGAUCGGAAGAUUCAGCUGGUUGAGAAAAUAGAUAUUGGAUCCCUGGCGCCUCCCCGCCCCCGGACCAUCUAUCUCGAGCCGAUAUCCAAGAAGUCAAGGCGUAGAAGGACCACCGGUGCUGACAAGGCGUCCCUCGCCUUGGAUGCGACCGAGAAUGGCUCCGACGCGGAACACCAUGAUGCUGAGCGUGCCAUCGACUCACCAGCACCGACAGAGGAAUCUCCGCACGAUCCGCUAGAUCAUCCACGGAGCCCAACGCAUACAGAUAUGCAGAGUGAAGUCAGCGGCGACAGCACUGUCAGCUCUAGCACAGGCAUUAGUCUAGCCCGGGCGGAGCCUCAAUUCGCCAGCAGCUCAUUGUCAAAUUCCAAAAUGCAAGCAGUCGACGAGAAAACAAUCACGGCUACGAUCGAGAUGCUUAAGGGUGGCGCGUUGCCGGGCGAUACGGUAUCAGUAAAGGUUUCGGUCCAGCAUAUCAAGCGGAUCAAGAGCAUGCAUGGUGUCAUCGUCACGAUGUAUCGGCAAGGCAGGGUCGACACAGCGCCGCCCGCUUCCAUGUUCGCCGACAUCAUGUCCAAGGAAGAGGCCCGCAAGCUUGCGAAGGAAGACUACUAUCCACGGUCGCGAACAGGUUUGGGCGGUCUUUCGUUAACCUCCACGUCGUCGCUCAGCGUUUUCCGAAAAGAUCUGUCCCAGUCUGUCGCUCCUCUGAUUAUCGAUCCGGCAACAAUGGAAACAACGGUGACGGCAUCGUUCAAGGUACCAGAAGACGUCUUUCCGACUAUCAAAGGCGUGCCCGGCGACAUGGUGAGCUUCAAAUACCAAGUGGAGGUCCUGGUCGAUUUGGGCGGCAGGCUUGCUAGCCAGCUCCAAGGGGGUGGCCAGUCGAGAGUGGCACAGUACGCGCCUGGUUCUGGCGCGACCGAUGGCAACAACGCGGCCCUUACCUCAUGGGGGGGCAACGUGAUAGACACGGAUCGCCUACGACGUGAAAAAGGAGUGAUAUCGGUCGUUUUCGAGGUGAUUCUGGGCACAACAGACAGCACGAGGCUGCGCGGGCGGAGUAACACGUUGCGUACAUUGCAGAUGCGCGAAAGGUCCCUUAGCAGGGAAGAGGCUUCUAGCCCCUGGCCCGUCGACGACAUCCACGGAGAUGACGGUGAGAGCUACUGGCCGCAACCCACCCCUCAAAUGCCGGGGCCGCUUGGUCGACAACCCACCAUCAUGAUACAGCCUACGAGUCCGCCAGAUGAGGUGCAAGCCCCGGCCUACGUGCCUCCUCCACAAGUCCCAGAUGAGGGUGGUUUGACGGAGAAAGAACGAGCACGGAGGCAAGAAGAGAGGCUUUUACCGAGCCGGCCGCCUCAAAGGGGAGAGGCUGGCCCGUCAGGGGCAUCGGAGCCGGAGCCCAACAUCUACGAUGCUGAGGAUGAGCCUCCAUCCGAAUCACAAGCGCACCAAGGAAGCAACGGGGUUGGGGAUCAGCCGUCGGCGCCGACGCUUGAUGAUAUUUCGACAUCGCGCGAGGCACGAACAGAAGACAAACAGGAACUUGAGCGGCAACGGUUGCUGAACGAAGCCAGCGCGCCACCCGAGUUUCCAGAUGACUACGAUGCCGGACCCAGCUCAUCGGCACCGCCAGCCGACGUUGCUGAACCGUCGGCGCCGGUCUUGACAGACGAGAACGACUACGGCCAGCAGUAUAGCUACAGUACAGAAGCAGGCGCUGGCCAACCCAGCCACCAUGCAGCAGGCUCAGAGCCACUGCCGAGGUAUGAGCGAUGACCCAUAUGGGCGCAUGGAUGAGGACGAGGACGAGGACGAGGGUAUGAGCAACAAAUGGUUGAAUAGUGUAUAAUAGGUUAUGUGUGUCUGUUUGUCAAGCAUUUGCGAGUGCGCCAUCUACAAAGUACUAUAGAGACAUGAAUGUGAGAAACGAAUUGAGAGCGAAUUACAGUACACACAUGUGCCUUCUUUUUCCUUACUUUUUUAGAGUGGAAGGGACAUGUUAUAGUCCAUAUUUCAGUGCACACCUCUCUCUACAUCAUUGCACCGCAAGGAGGACAGACGAAAGUAUAGCAGCAUCGUCAAGUCGGCCGCACAUGCAGUCGGCAGCUAUCCCUCUCGGCACGACACUCUCCCGCGUGUCUGGCGUGUAGACGCUGCUGGGCCGAUCAUGCACACACACACACACACACACACACACACACACACACACACACACACACACACACACACACACUAACUCGCUGCGAACCAUAUCAAGCUUUGCUUUCGACCUACCACCUGCGAAAGAGAUGAAGAUAGAAGGCAGCAUGCGAGAAUACACGGCAAGUGACGGGUCAUGUGCGGGCGGGUGGAUGGGUGGAAGGGUCACGUCUGUAGGUACAUAGCUAACUACUUUUAGUGUUGCCUAGGUAUGUAGGGCAGGUACGGCGAGUGCUCCACUUCUAUUGUUCCAACUCCCAGAUAGAGAGAAAUGCUUGUCGAAGGCUUGACUUGACGAUCAAACAGUCCGUCCCCUGGGUUGGGACACUCCCCCCGUUUUUUCCGCGUGUCUUUCCGGGUCACUAUUACACUUCAUGAAUACCAAGAUGUCUCGCAAGUGGACUCCCGAUUUUCCGGUUUCUCCUCCUUUUUCUUUUUAAGAGACGGAUACGUGAUGAGAAGAUACAUUUCCAGGUGCCACCCGCUGGAACGGCCGAUUCGGCCCCGACGGCAGCGCGCAACCAAGACCGAUCAUGCCCAACGGCGUGUCUAGUGUCGUUACAGUUGCAGUAUCAGGUCAGCCGGUCGUGGGAAAACAAGUGUCUAUUAGUCACUGAAGUCGGACGUGCUGUGCCGGCAGAGACCCUAAACAGGCCAGAGAAGCCAGGGAAGCAUGGUUGGCUGACGCCGCCGGCCUUGUAAUCGUAUGGAAGCUUGACGUGGGCGGGAACUGGGGGGUUGAGCCCAUCCCGUCGAGACAGCCGUCGCCGCAAAGCUUGGCAGUGCUUGGACCCCAAGUUUUGAUUUCCUCUUUCUCCUUUUUUCUGGGAAGCCCUGGGCGAUCGGCCCUGCAUUGUGUGCGGCUAGUCGUUGCUUGCGUUGUUUUGAGAGAGUGGUACACUAAAACGCUCCCUUCUCACAGGUUCGGGCCAUUUGGCUUAACUAGGGACAAGA